AUGCCCACUCUGUUCCUCCAUUUCUUCCUUUUCUUAUUCACCACCACUGUUACUAACCUCAUCCCCGCAGUUCACAGCAACUGUAUUGAAGCCCAGCAACAAUCAUUGCUCCAUUUCAAGAAAAGUCUUGAAUUUGAUUCUUCCGAAUCCUCCAAGCUUAUCACAUGGAAUUCGAGUACCGACUGUUGUUCUUGGCUCGGUGUAACUUGCAGCACUUAUGGGAGUGUUGUUGGUCUUGACAUCAGCAGCGAGUCUUUCUCAUGCAACAUUGACAAUUCCAGCACUCUAUUCCAACUUCAACAUCUGCAGAGCCUCAAUUUGGCCGAUAACAACUUCAAUGGCUCCUCAAUUCCAACUGCAAUUGGAAAGCUUGCAAAUUUGAGGUAUUUGAAUUUAAGUGAAGCUGGUUUUUCCGGGAAAAUUCCCAUUGAGGUUGCGCGCUUGAAAAGGUUGGUAGUUCUUGAUCUCUCUUAUAAUUCCUACCCCUUUUUUGCUGAGAACCCGAAUUUGAGUAUGCUAAUUCAGAACCUCACAGAGCUUACGGAGUUAUAUCUUGAUCAAAUAAACCUAUCAGCUGAGGGAUCUCACUGGGGCCAAACCAUAUCAUCUUCACUUCCAAAGCUGAGUGUGUUGACCUUGUCCUAUUGUGAUCUUUCAGGCCCUAUUCAUGAAUCAUUUGCCAAGCUUGAUUCUCUAUCCACGUUAAUAUUGUAUGGAAACAAUAUCUCUGGUCCGGUUCCAAAAUUCUUUGCCAAUUUUUCAAGCUUGAUUUCCUUGAGUCUCUCUGCUUGUAACUUGUACGGAGCAUUUCCCAAAGAGAUAUUCCAGGUAUCUACACUAGAGUCUGUUGACCUAUCAGCUAAUUCAGAGCUUCGUGGUUCCUUACCGGAAUUUCUAAAGAAUGGAUCUCUCGAAUCCCUAGUUCUAUCCGGGACUAAGUUUUCAGGAAUCUUGCCGGACUCUAUUGGCAACCUUAAAAUGCUGUCUAGAUUAGAUCUUUCAGAUUGCAAUUUCACAGGAGCAGUUCCAAAGUCACUGGCAAACCUAACACAAUUGGGGUUUUUGGCCUUGUCAUCCAACAAGUUUUCCAGUUCGAUUAAUUCUAUUCAAUGGGACAAACUCAUCAAGCUUGAGCUUCUCGACUUGUCCAACAAUCUACUCUACGGGAGUAUACCAUUAUCUCCCUUUUCUAUUCCCUUGCUGCGGAGCUUAUUACUGUCUGGAAAUCACUUCUCUGGUCAGUUGCUUGAAUUUUCUAAUCUCUCUUCGUACUUGCUGUACAAACUUGAUUUGAGUAGCAACAAUUUGGAAGGAUCAAUACCCGUGUCCGUCUUUAAUCUUCCAGGGCUUCAAGAGUUUAAUCUUUCUUCAAACAACUUGAGUGGUUUUCCUUUUUAUGGCCUUCAGGAGUCGAGAAAUCUUUCAUUUCUUGAUCUAUCCCACAAUAGCUUGAAAACAUUCCCAAGUUUCCUGAAAAAUCAAUCUAGUCUAACCUUCUUGGACCUUUCAGACAACCAGAUUUCAGGUCAGAUACCCAAUUGGAUAUGGGGGCUUCCUCUCAAAUCUCUAGGUCUCUGUUGUAACAAGUUGGUAAGUCUAGAAGCUCCUUUACUUGGUUCUACUUACCAUCUGAUGGAACUUGAUCUUCACUCAAACCAGAUUCAGGGACAAAUACCAUUGUUUGUCAGUGGUGAUUAUUUGGAUUACUCGAGAAAUAAUUUCAGCUCUAGCAUACCAACUGAUAUUGGUGAUUUCAUUUCCGUGGUCCACCUUUCUCUUUCAAGCAGCAACUUGUAUGGGGAAAUUCCAGAAUCAAUAUGCAAUACAAGUGUUGGAGUUCUUGAUCUCUCUAAUAACUCUUUGAGUGGAAUCAUUCCCGAAUGCUUGACUCAGACAUCUUCACUUGGUGUCCUUGAUUUGAGGAGAAACAACCUUAGUGGAUCAAUCCCCGAUACUUUCCAUGAAGAUUGUUCUUUGCAAACUCUAGCUCUAAGCAGAAAUCAGAUACAAGGUCAUUUUCCAAAAUCUCUAGCCAAUUGUUCAAGCUUAGAGGUUUUAGACCUUGGAAUCAAUCAAAUAGCAGAUGCCUUUCCCUGCCAGUUGAAGACCAUAUCCACCUUGCGUGUCCUUAUGUUGCGAUCCAACAAAUUUUAUGGACCCAUUGAAUGUCCUGAGACCAAUGGCACCUGGCUGAAGCUUCAAAUCAUAGACUUAGCUCAUAACCGUUUCAAUGGUGAAAUACCAGGUACAUCAUUGACAACAUGGCAGGCAAUGAUGGUUAAUGAAGAUGAUCACCAAACUUACCUUAGCUUUUGGUGGCCAGCAGGUGGUGGAAGUGGGCUCUUUAUUUAUUACGGAGAUACAGUAACAACCAUCAUCAAAGGUUUGGAGUUGGAUCUGACAAAGGUUCUAACUAUCUUCACCUUGAUUGAUUUCUCUUCCAACAAUUUUAGCGGAUCAAUACCCAAUGAAAUGGGCGAACUGAGAUCAUUAUAUGUCCUCAAUCUAUCAAGUAAUGCUUUCACAGGCGAAAUCCCAUCAUCCUUUGGUAACAUGAGAAGCAUAGAGUCCUUAGACCUCUCACAGAACCACCUGAGAGGCCAAAUUCCACCACAGUUUGCAAAUCUCAAUUUCCUUUCGCACUUGAAUGUCUCAUAUAAUCAACUGACGGGAAGGAUCCCAACCAGCACUCAGUUUUCAACAUUUCCAAAUACCUCCUUCGAGGGUAACAAAGGAUUAUGGGGGCCUCCUCUGACAUCGGAUACAGCAAUCGUAUUGCCACCUCCGACAUUAAAUGAAAGCUCAAGUGAUCCGAAUUCUGGAGAUGAGAUUGAUUGGAAUGUUAUCAGUGCUGAAAUUGGAUUUACAUGUGGGUUUGGAAUUGUCGUCGGGUCACUCCUGUUUUGCAAGAGAUGGAGGAAAUGGUAUUACAGAGCUAUGUUUAAAAUCCUGUUUAAGAUAUUCCCUCAGCUGGAACAAAGAUUUGGUGUUAUUGGGGCCGGUGGAGUUAUUCGCAACAGCUCUGAAGAAUGGAUUAAUGGUUUCAUUCAUCAGGUUGGGAUUGGUGAAGUUAUUCAGGCUGAGGCUUGGAGCCUCUUUACUGGACUAAAACUUGCUCUUGAACUCCAUAUCAAAAAUCUUGAAGUUGAAAGGGACUCUGUAAUUGUGGUCCACCUCAUGCAGCUGAAUUCGUAUGACACUCAUCCCCCUGGGACUCUUCUAUCUAAUUUCAAGUCCAUGAUGCAGUUCUUUGAUUGUUAUUUGAAGAAGGAACUAAAGUCCCUUAACAGAGAAUUGCAGCUGCACAUUUUGGAACUUGCUGAUAUUCUCGUGGAGAGACCAUCACAAUAUGCAAGGAGAGUGGAAGAAAUAUUUCUUAUAUUCAAGAACUUGCAUCAUCUUCUGAACUCAUUGCGCCCCCAUCAGCCUAGGGUAACACUAAUUCACAUUUUAGAACUUCAGAUAAAACGACGUAAACAAGCUAUAACUGUUUUGCCAGUUGGGACUUUAAAUGAAGGGAGGAGAGAAAAAGCACAGGCACUUCUGAAGGAGUCCCUUGAAUCGUUUGAGGACACUGGUGCAUCUCUUAUGUUGAAAUAG